CGAGUCCUUACAAACAUGAAAGUUGUGCUGAUCGUCGCCUUGGCACUGGUCGCCGUGGCCGCCGGCCGACCCUCCGAUGUGAUCGACGUCGAGCAGGACCACAUGGAGCACGAGCAGGAGGGAGAUCCUGGACGGGCCGUGGAGGGCGAGUACUCGUGGGUAGCGCCCGACGGGAACGAGUACCACGUCAAGUACGUGGCCGACCACAACGGGUACCGCGUGGUCGACGACAACGUCGUUCCGGAGUUCCGCGACGCCAAACCCACCGGCGAAGCGGAGGAGGCUGACGAGUAGACGAAUAACCUGAAAUCCAAUCCAUUUGUCUUUCAUAAAAAUCUGUUUAGAGUUAUAUGAAAAAUGAAGUCAAUAAUAAACUUAUUUUACAAGAUAA